AUGAGUCCAGGAUUAGGCCACGACCCCUUGCCCUCGUACAACGUGACAGGGCAUGGAACCUCGGCAAUGUGUCUGUGGCAACAACCACAACACAUUCUGUUCCAACUAGCGAAUUUUUGCUUCGUCCUGUCGUAUUCCGCUCCGUCAUCUAAAAAGGGGAUACUCUUCAUGCACUCCUUGUUGAUCAUCGGAUUUAUGCUACUGUCAGGAUGGGCCUGGCAUGUCAUCUGUGCACCGGAUAUCUUCUCCUGGAAUUUCACCUUCCUUGUCUUGAACAUUGGACAGUUGGUCUACAUCGUGUACCAAAUGAGACCGGUUCGAUUCGACCCUGAACUGGAAGAAGUGUAUCACACGCUUUUUUAUCCCUUCAAGGUAUCUCGGAUGCAGUUCAAGAGGCUGGUCUCUCCGGAAUUUGCAACCAUAAUGUCUCUUCACGCUGGCGAAGCUUACGCUAUGCAAAAUUUGACGAGGACAGACAGAUUGGGAUUAUUGUUGAACGGCAAAGUGAACGUUCUCAGCGAUACGAAUUUCCUUCAUCCCAUUUUGCCCUGCGAAUUUCUGGACUCUCCGGAAUUUGAAAGCUCUCGCGCGUCUGUGGACGAUAAGUUUAAAGUGUCCAUUGUUGCCGCAAGCUCGUGUAGAUACCUCUUCUGGCAAAGAUCAGCUCUGGAAUAUCUCCUUGUUAAAGAAACCUACCUUGCUACUGUUUUAACAACACUGGUUGCGAGGGACAUCGCCACCAAACUCUACGCCAUGAACAAUAAGAUAGUUACAGAUAAAGGGUCGCACUUGGACAUUCGCCUUCCCAGCAUAAGUGCCGGUCUGGGAUUCUCAGGAGAGUACAGAAGUCCCCGAGCCUCGAGACAAGCUCUGAUCCGCCGAAAGGAGAACAAGCUGCCAUUGAAUAAUGUGGGAGGCGCGAAACCGAAGGAGAGGAUGAUGAACAACCUGACCCUGAAAGGUGCCCCAAACAUGGAGCCCCUGCCCGAAUUGCCAUCCUGCGACGAUUUGGCGUCCAGCGGUGUCGAAAGUUGGCUGGACUCGUCCAGCAAGUACCACAGCUGUGAAGUUGUCGACGAAGAAUGA